CUCUAACUGAACUGAAGGAGGGAGGCAUAUCCCUGAAUCUUUCAGGUCUGACUGCCUUUUGGACCCUACACAACUAUAAGCCUGUUGGAAAAGGACAAACUGCUCCUCCUCACAGCAGACUGGUCCUGCUUGGCUUGCAACCUCUUCAGAACUUGUGAGCCUUGCCCUGACGGGCACACAUCCUGCUUGGGCAAGCCAGCUCUACACUCCGAUCAGAGAAUCAUUCGAGCUGCACCAUGAGCCGAGUUCGGGAUGCUGGCUGUGUAGCUGCUGGGAUAGUGAUCGGGGCAAGUGCCUGGUACUGUGUCUACAAAUACACCAGGAGAAGAAACCAGACGAAGAAGAGACUGGCUAAGCCCAAGACCAGGGCUCUGGCAGGGACUGGAGCCAAGGCUAGAUCCGGACUAAGGGCUGGAUUCACAAUUGACCUUGGGUCAGGAUUCCAUCCCCCAACUCCAGUCUGCACUGGGGCAGAGGACAAGGCCCAGAAUGAAGCCUCUGCCCUGUACACAGCUGCAGCUGAGGUAGUUGCCCCAGCUGCAUUCAGUGCUGAGGCUCAGAGUGGGGCUGGAAGUCAGGUCCUGGAAACAGAAGGGGCCUGGGUUGGGCCUCAGUCCGAAUCAGGAGUUGGGGCAGAAGUGGCUUCUACAAUGGCACCACCUCAAGGGGAGGCAGAGGCCCUCAUAGCUGCAGAGGUCCCCUCCAUGGCCGGGGCUCCCAAAAUGACAGAUGCCCCUGGUACAUCAGAAGUUCCUCAGAUGCCCGUGGUGCCUCUGGGGACUCCAGCACCUACUGAGGCAGCAGCACCUACUGAAGCAGCAGAGGCUCCUGUACUGGCCGCACUUUCUGAGGCUGUAGAGGCUCUGGGGACCUCGGGGUCCCCUAAAACAGCAGCAGCCACCAAGAAAGCAACUCCUGGGUCUCAUACUGGGGCUAUACCUAAAGCUGGGCCAGCAACUGGAGCUGUACCCAAAGGUGGAGCCAAGGGUGGAACCAGGUCCCAGACUGGAGGCAAAGGCAAGGGUAAGAAAAACAGCAGGGUUGAAGUAGACCAAUUGGGGCUGGGAUUCCGCCCUGGGGAUGGGGCUGCAGCAGCUGCUGCAGCCUCCGCUAACGGGGGACAGGCUUUCCUGGCAGAGGUCCCUGAUUCUGAGGAAGGGGAAUCUGGGUGGACUGACACAGAGUCAGAGUCAGACUCUGAGCCUGAGAACCAGCAAAGAGGAAGAGGGAGGAGACCCGUUCCCAUGCAGAAGCGCCCCUUUCCUUAUGAUAUUGAUGAGAUUCUGGGUGUCCGUGAUCUCAGGAAAGUACUUGCUUUGCUUCAGAAAUCAGAUGAUCCUUUCAUCCAACAGGUAGCUUUGCUCACUCUGAGCAACAAUGCCAAUUAUUCAUGCAACCAAGACACAAUUCGCAAAUUGGGAGGCCUCCCAAUUAUUGCAAACAUGAUCAACAAAACCGAUCCUCACAUUAAGGAAAAAGCCUUAAUGGCCAUGAAUAACCUGAGUGAGAAUUAUGAAAAUCAGAGCCGGCUUCAGGUAUACAUGAAUAAAGUGAUGGAUGAUAUCAUGGCCUCAAACCUGAACUCAGCAGUACAGGUAGUUGGACUAAAAUUUUUAUCAAAUAUGACUAUUACUAAUGACUACCAGCACCUGCUUGUCAAUUCCAUUGCAAACUUUUUUCGUUUGUUAUCUCAGGGAGGUGGAAAAAUCAAGGUUGAGAUUUUGAAAAUACUUUCAAAUUUUGCUGAAAAUCCAGACAUGUUAAAAAAGCUGCUCAGUACCCAAGUGCCAUCAUCAUUUAGUUCCCUCUAUAAUUCUUAUGUGGAAUCAGAAAUUCUUAUUAAUGCUCUUACUCUAUUUGAGAUCAUCUAUGACAAUCUCAGAGCAGAAGUAUUCAACUACAGAGAAUUCAAUAAAGGUUCCCUUUUUUACUUAUGCACUACAUCUGGAGUGUGCGUUAAGAAAAUUCGAGCCUUAGCAGAUCACCAUGACCUCUUGGUGAAAGUGAAAGUUAUAAAACUAGUUGAUAAAUUCUGAUUGGCUAUGUGCUCUCAAAAGACUUGGAAACAUUUCUUGGUUUUGCAGUCUGGAAGCAAUGAAAAUUGAAAGUUGCUGCUUCUCUACUUGCUCAUAUAGUAAGGUGAUCCUUUCAGCUGCCAGUUUUGAAUAAUGUAUCAUCCAGAGUAAUAUUAUCUGUGACAGUCUCCAGCUUUAAGCUGAACCAUUUGAUGAGUACCAAAUAAAUAGUCCUCUUGUACUGAAAACACAUUUGUGACUUUAAUUAUGCUGCUUGAAUGGAAAUAUUUUUAUUGGUUCCUCUUUGAAUUGACAGUGAACUUAUCCAUUAUUAAUAGCCUACACUUCUAUCAUUUGUUUUUAUUUGAAUCUACCCACCAAAGACUUCAUUUGUGUAUCAUCAAUAAAGUUGUGUGUUUUGACUAAC